AUGGGGAGGGCCUUUUCACCGGCACAUGUAAUUUCUGUCUCAUCUGACUUCAACCUCUUUUUCCUUCUUCGUCUUUGUCUUUCUCUCGGCUUCACUCACACAUUCCUCUUUCUCUCGCUUUUACUUACACCUUCCUCUUUCUCUCGCCUUCACUCACACCUUCCUCUUUCUCUCGCCUUCACUCACACCUUCCUCUUUCUCUCGACUUCACUCACACCUUCCUCUUUCUCUCGCCUUCACUCACACCUUCCUCUUUCUCUCGCUUUUACUUACACCUUUCUCUUUCUCUCGCCUUCACUCACACAUUCCUCUUUCUCUCGCCUUCACUCACACCUUCCUCUUUCUCUCGCCUUCACUCACACCUUCCUCUUUCUCUCACCUUCACUCACACCUUCCUCUUUCUCUCGACUUCACUCACACCUUCCUCUUUCUCUCGCUUUUACAUACACCUUUCUCUUUCUCUCGCCUUCACUCACACCUUCCUCUUUCUCUCGCCUUCCUCCACACCUUCCUCUUUCUCUCCUUUUACUUACACCUUUCUCUUUCUCUCGCCUUCACUCACACCUUCCUCUUUUCUCGCCUUCACUCACACCUUCCUCUUUCUCUCUUUUUACUUACACCUUCCUCUUUCUCUCCUUCACUCACACCUUCACCUUCCUCUUUCUCUCGCCUUCACUCACACAUUCCUCUUUCUCUCGCUUUUACUUACCUCUUCCUCUAACUCUCGCCUUCACUCACACCUUCCUCUUUCUCUCGCUUUUACUUACACCUUCCUCUUUCUCUCGACUUCACUCACACCUUCCUCUUUCUCUCGCUUUUACUUACACCUUCCUCUUUCUCUCGCCUUCACUCACACCUUCCUCUUUCUCUCGCCUUCACUCACACCUUCCUCUUUCUCUCGCCUUCCUCACACCUUCCUCUUUCUCUCGCCUUCCUCACACCUUCCUCUUUCUCUCCUUUUACCCACCUUCCUCUUUCUCUCGCCUUCCUCCACCUUCCUCUUUUUCUCUCCUUCUCACACCUUCCUCUUUCUCUCGCCUUCUCCACACCUUCCUCUUUCUCUCACCUUCACUCCACCUUCCUCUUUCUCUCGACUUCACUCACACCUUCCACUUUCUCUCCUUUUACAUACACCUUUCUCUUUCUCUCGCCUUCCUCCACCUUCCUCUUUCUCUCGCCUUCUCCCACCUUCCUCUUUCUCUCCUUUUACUUACACCUUUCUCUUUCUCUCGCCUUCCUCCACCUUCCUCUUUCUCUCGCCUUCACUCACACCUUCCUCUUUCUCUCCUUUUACUUACACCUUCCUCUUUCUCUCGCCUUCACUCACACCUUCCUCUUUCUCUCUCUUUCUCCCACCUUCCUCUUUCUCUCGCCUUCUCUCACACCUUCCUCUUUCUCUCCUUUUUUUUACACCUUCCUCUUUCUCUUGACUUCUCUCCACCUUCCUCUUUCUCUCACUUUUACCCCACCUUCCUCUUUCUCUCUCCUUCCUCACACCUUCCUCUUUCUCUCCUUCCUCACACCUUCCUCUUUCUCUCCUUUUACUUACACCUUCCUCUUUCUCUCGCCUUCCUCACACCUUCCUCUUUCUCUCCUUUUACUUACACCUUCCUCUUUUCUCUCGACUUCACUCACACCUUCAUCUUUCUCUCUUUUACCCACCUUCCUCUUUCUCUCGACUUCACUCUCACCUUCCUCUUUCUCUCGACUUCCUCACACCUUCCUCUUUCUCUCGCCUUCCUCACCUUCCUCUUUCUCUCGCCUUCACUCACACCUUCCUCUUUCUCUCGCCUUCCUCACACCUUCCUCUUUCUCUCCUUUUUACUUACACCUUCCUCUUUCUCUCGCCUUCCUCCCACCUUCCUCUUUCUCUCGCAUUUCUUUACACCUUCCUCUUUCUCUCGCCUUCCUCAAACCUUCCUCUUUCUCUCCUUUUACUUAUACCUUCCUCUUUCUCUCGACUUCCUCACACCUUCCUCUUUCUCUCCUUUUACUUACACCUUCCUCUUUCUCUCGCCUUCACUCCACCUUCCUCUUUCUCUCGCCUUCACUCCCACCUUCCUCUUUCUCUCCUUCACUCCACCUUCCUCUUUCUCUCGCCUUCCUCCACCUUCCUCUUUCUCUCCUUUUUACCCCACCUUCCUCUUUCUCUCCUUCACUCACACCUUCCUCUUUCUCUCGCCUUCCUCCACCUUCCUCUUUCUCUCGACUUCACUCCACCUUCCUCUUUCUCUCGCCUUCUCACACCUUCCUCUUUCUCUCGCUUUUACUUACACCUUUCUCUUUCUCUCGCCUUCCUCCACCUUCCUCUUUCUCUCGCCUUCCUCACACCUUCCUCUUUUCUCACCUUCACUCACACCUUCCUCUUUCUCUCGCUUUUACUUACACCUUCCUCUUUCUCUCGCCUUCACUCACACCUUCCUCUUUCUCUCGCUUUUACUUACACCUUCCUCUUUCUCUCGCCUUCACUCACACCUUCCUCUUUCUCUCGCUUUUACUUACACCUUCCUCUUUCUCUCGACUUCACUCACACCUUCCUCUUUCUCUCGCCUUCACUCACACCUUCCUCUUUCUCUCGCUUUUACAUACACCUUUCUCUUUCUCUCGCCUUCACUCACACCAUCCUCUUUCUCUCGCCUUCACUCACACCUUCCUCUUUCUCUCGCUUUUACUUACACCUUUCUCUUUCUCUCGCCUUCACUCACACCUUCCUCUUUCUCUCGACUUCACUCACACCUUCCUCUUUCUCUCGACUUCACUCACACCUUCAUCUUUCUCUCGCUUUUACUUACACCUUUCUCUUUCGCUCGCCUUCACUCACACCUUCCUCUUUCUCUCGCUUUUACUUACACCUUCCUCUUUCUCUCGCCUUCACUCACACCUUCCUCUUUCUCUCGACUUCCUCACACCUUCCCUCUUUCUCUCCUUCCUCACACCUUCCUCUUUCUCUCGCCUUCCUCACACCUUCCUCUUUCUCUCGCCUUCUCCACCUUCCUCUUUCUCUCUUUUACUUACACCUUCCUCUUUCUCUCGCCUUUCCUCCACCUUCCUCUUUCUCUCCUUUUACCCACACCUUCCUCUUUCUCUCGCCUUCACUCACACCUUCCUCUUUCUCUCGCUUUUUUUUACACCUUCCUCUUUCUCUCGACUUCCUCCACCUUCCUCUUUCUCUCCUUUUACUUACACCUUCCUCUUUCUCUCGCCUUCACUCCACCUUCUCUUUCUCUCGCCUUCCUCCACCUUCCUCUUUCUCCCGACUUCCUCCACCUUCCUCUUUCUCGCCUUCACUCACACCUUCCUCUUUCUCUCCUUCACUCACACUUUCCUCUUUCUCUCGCCUUCCUCCACCUUCCUCUUUCUCUCCUUUUUACCACCUUCCUCUUUCUCUCGCCUUCACUCACACCUUCCUCUUUCUCUCGCCUUCACUCACACCUUCCUCUUUCUCUCGCUUUCACUCACACCUUCCUCUUUCUCUCGCUUUUACUUACACCUUCCUCUUUCUCUCGCCUUCACUCACACCUUCCUUCUCUCUGUCUCCUCAUAAUUAUCUCUCUCUUUCUCUCUGUAACUCUCUCUCUCUUUCUCUCUCUCUCUCUCCCUCUAUCUAUCUAUCUAUCUAUCUAUCUAAGCCUCUUUUCUCUCUUUCUCUCUUUUCUUCCCCUUCCGUCUUCCGAAAUGUUAAAUCUCAAAACUGUCCUUUUUUUUCAUAGCUCAUUGCACACAGUUCGCAACUUCAUCACGUCUCCAUCCUGCCUGCCCACUGGGCGAGCGACCUCAUCACUUGGAUGCUGGUCGGCGGUUGCUAUGGUUACAUCAUCCAUAUACGCGUCACAGUAUUGA